ACAAUUUUGGAAGAGGAAGAAACUGGGCUAUGUUUUUUCGAUUUAAUGCAAAUUUAACUUUUGUUACUCAUUGCAUUCGAUAAAAUUAUAGUUCGUUUAAUCAAGGCAAAUUGUAGUUGUUGUAAAUAGUUUCUGGUGUGAGAUGGCACUGACAUUUUGGACGCAGUAUUAAGGAGGUGACCACUUGCCAUCAAAUCAGCUGUUUGCCAAUAACAAAUACACCCACAAAUUGCAAGAACUCAUUCAAUUAGAACAAUGUCGAGCAACAAUCCCUUUGAUAGCGAUGACGACAAGGAUCAGGUGGCUAUUGUUGGUAACGGCGGUGGUCAGAUUCUAGAGGGUUUCCUUUGCCCAAUUUGCCGGGCAGACUUGAAGUCAAUUGAUGUCUUAACCGAUCACUUUGCUCGCCAGCAUGCAGAAGAGGAGGAUGCCCUGAAAUCCGUGUUCAAGGAUAUAUUCACCAAAGCAAAGAAUAAAAUUCUUAACAAUUUUGAUGAUGAUCGAUCGGGUAGCAGCAGUGGCAAUACGGCAUCAGGUGCGUCGUUUUCAUCGCCCACUGGCGGAAAUGGAGGAGGGGCUUCUGGAGGAUCAUCCAAUGCACGCUCGAGACAAAAUGCUUUUAACUUUAUGGGCAAGCAACAAGUGGGAGCCGAAUGUUCGCAUUUUGAAUAUUUUCAAUCCAUCCGCAAUCCACGCCUGGAACGCUAUGCCAGUGAGACUAAUAAACUAAUAAUUCGAUUGCAUCGAUUGCUUAAGGACUUGCCCACAAAUGCGGAACAGCGGAAGAUUCAUGAAAGAAAUACCGUGACAUGGUUGGAGGGCUCACUGGUGAAAUUGUGUCCCAAUUGCGCCAAGAGUUUCCAUCUGGCGCGUAGACAACAUCAUUGCCGACUAUGUGGUGGCAUUAUGUGCCAUGAUUGCUCCAAGUUCUUGGACCUGGAGAUGGCAAUGCAAUUGGCCAGCCUCUCUUCCACACAAAGUGACCCGCUUCAGAAUUUGCAUUUACAACAAGAUCGGGCGAUUCGCCUCUGUCAGCAUUGCCUUAGAUUGUUGGACACACGUCACGACAUGCACGAGAGUCGCACAUGUCGCCCAGUGCUUGCCCAGGUUUAUGAGGAGAUUGGAAAGUUGAAGAAAAACGUUACACCCGAUCUGGAGAUGUAUAUGAAAAUCAAUCUUAGCCUAAAUGAAGGGGAAAACAUUUUCACAUUGGCCGAUGCCAAUGCAUUGCUGGGGAAGAUUGGCAAAGUGGCCGAGGCAUUGGAUGCUCGCAGUAAACGCAUUUUGGCCAUACACUGUGAGCCGGGCAGUCGGGAGGAGGCCCUAAAGAAAGCCAUACGAAUGAGUUGCAUGCAGGCCAUCAAGGAGAGAAUGCUUUCGCUGCCUCCAUUGCCUAAGGAGGAGUACAUUCGACAAAUACAAGAGCGCAAGAGGAUGGAGACGGAACAACGCAUUCUAACCGAACAGCGUCUGGCCAGAGAGGCCUAUGAGCGGUAUGGUCCGGGAGCAGGCACUAGUAAUCAGUCCAUUGAGUCCGGUAGCUUUGCCCAGGGAUCCGACCUGCAAUCGCUUACCAAUUGGUCUGCUCCCCAAGCUGCCGGCACAGCGCUUAGUGUAGAUGAUCCAUUGAUCGAACAAAUCAAUAUAAUCAAGGGUUAUAUUAAACAGGCGCGUCAGGAUCUAAACUUUGAGGUUGUCGAAACUCUGGAGAUGAACCUAAGAGAGCUGCAACGUGAGGUCUAUGAAAGGCAGCGGCUGUCCCAAAAUCGAAAUGACGAUUAAACAGUAUUUUUGUGUGUUUUGUAAAGUAUAUUAAAGAAAAUUGCUAAGAAGAGCACCUUCAUUGAAUAGGUUCAUACAUAUA